AAGCUUAAAUAAACAUGAUUCAAACUUUAAGAGACAUUGCAAUAACUCUGUCAAUGAAAAAUGAUGCUGAAAAAGAGAUUACUGACAAGGCAAUACUUAUUCUUGGAGCUUCUGUAUCGGGUAAAUCAUCAAUAAUUGCUCAAUGGCUAGGCAAAAAUCCCCCAAAUGGAAAAAGAGCACCAGGAAUAGAAUACUCAUGGAGCCGAAAAACAAAUAAAAUUUGUCACAUUUGGGAAAUGCUAGAAACAAUAUCGCCAAAAGUAAUAUCGACAAUUCUUAAACCAGAAAGACAAUUUAAACCGGUUUUAUUUCUGAUAGUUUUCGAUUUAUCACGACCAAAUUCAAUUACUUUAGAUGCUCAACAAAUUUUCAAUAACGUAUCGGGAUUUUCUCCAGAGAAUAUUAUUAUUAUUGGUAGUAAAUACGAUAUUUUUCAAAAUUUAGAAUCAGAAAUGAAAAAAAAUGUGUGUAAAUUUUUACGUGGAAUAGCAUUAUUGAGAUCAGCACAUCUUAUAUUCUACAGUCAUGAAAUUCCUGCAUUAGUUAAACGAUUUGGUGAGCUAUUGAAUAGUAUUAUUUGGAGUUCAGGAAAUUCUCGUGCCGCUCUAUCUAAAGAUUAUCAUACACCAUUGUACAUUACUCCAUCGAGCGAUUCAUGGAGUGAUUUAGGAAUAAACGCAUGUUCAUUAGAACAAUUAUGUAAUGCAUAUAAUCGACAAUUUUAGGGCUCCUACCCCUUCGGUUUUGGGCCGGAGUGUCGGGUUUUCGAGGCGUGUCUGCGAUUUCCGGGCAAAGGUAUAAAUUCUCUGGAUUUGAGCAAAAAAUAUUAAAUUUGUUCUUUCCAAAAAAAAUUUAUAACUUUUAUUGCUAUCAAAGAAAAUAUAUUCCGAAUAAAAUAAUUCAAUUCCGUUUAAAACAAAGGUAAACAUAACCUCCGUUCUCUGUAAUACUUCGUGUCCCAUUUUUGAACUCAACGGUUAAAAAUAUUUCAGAACCCUAGUGGAAAUAUUUCAAAUGAUAGGCUUAAAAAGAUUUACUAAUUCUGAAAAACUCUUCUUUUGAAUUAGUAAGACGUUUUAAGUCUCAUCUGAAAUAUUGGUGGCUGGAUUCGAGCUUAAUAGACUAUAGCUGGAGAGACACCACUGCUGGAUUCGGACUAAGUAAGCACUAAAGUCGUAAUCAAUUCUAUAGCAUGCACACUCCUACCGAAUCUUUUAAUGAUAGUAUAA